UCACACUCUAAAAAUCACCGACAGUUUCCAUUUUCAAACAACAAAAGCCAAAAGAAAGCUUCAUUGCUUUGCUAAUCAAAAAGAAAAAGAAAAAUGAAAGUACUGGAGAUUUUCUCAGAAUCAGAGUUCAACAUCCUUCAAUCUUUUCAACGCUAUCCCCUUGAUGAUUUUGACGAUUCUCCACCAACAGCAACUUACACCGGCAAUAAUAUUGUUCUUGAACCUUCCUAUAACCGGAGUUCAAGUUUUAGUACUACUUUUUUGAAUGAAAGUUGGGGUGAUUUGCCCUUAAAGAUUGAUGAUUCCGAGGAUAUGCUGGUUUACAGUGCUUUGCGUGAUGCGGCAAACUCUGGGUGGAGUCCUUCGAACGAGGCUGAUUUAACAAGGGUAGCAGAGGCGGUUGAAGAAGGGUCCUACAGGGAAGAGAAAGAAGAGUUUAAGUUGGAACGUCAAACCAACGCGCUGCCUCCGAGGGGGAUGAAUUAUAAAGGAGUGAGAAGAAGGCCAUGGGGAAAGUACACAGCGGAGAUAAGGGACCCUAAGAUGAGCGGUGCGAGGAAGUGGCUCGGCACUUACGAGACGCCUGAGGAUGCUGCAUUGGCUUACGAUAGAGCCGCUUUCAAAAUGCGGGGGGCUAAGGCUAAGCUGAAUUUUCCUCACUUGAUUGGCUCCAACACUUGGGAGCCAAUUAGAGUAGGCACAAGGCGUCGCUCACCAGAACCUUCAGCUUCGACAACAUCGUCCUUACUGAGCAAUUACUCACCAAAGCCGAAGAGGAGGAAGAAUGCUGCAAGUAACUCUGAGUCUACAUCCAAGCUGCCGGCUGGAAAUGCAAGUUUAGCUGCGGAGGUGAUUCAAAUGAGUCCUUGGACACUUGGAGACCAUUGGUCCAAGCAAUUUUCUUUGGAUUGA